AUGGCCUCAAUCGAUCUGCUCAGCAGCUUGCCGGACGACAUCAUAUUCAACAUUCUCUCUUUCCUCCCGACAAAGCUCUCAGUGGCGUCCAGCCUUCUCGGAAAAAGAUGGAGGUUUCUAUGGGCCAAUGUACCCUAUCUGCAUCUCGAUCGCGUCGAACUCAACGGGUAUCAACUGGAGACAUUGAUUACAACCGCCUUCGACCGUGGUAUCUGGAAUCUUUAUCUUUAUCUUGAAUUCGAUGCAAUCCCUCGAUCCCUCUUCAACUGCAAAACCAUUGUCGACUUGAAGCUUGGUUAUAGUAGAGUGUCACUCUCUGCUAUGGACAAUGUGUCUCUGCCUAGCCUAAAGAAGUUUUAUGUUUAUAAUGUUGUGUGUGAGACUGAUGAUGCGCUUCCUCGCUUUCUUUCUGGCUGUCCGUCGCUCGAGGAGUUGAUUAUGGAAUUCAAUUUUGUGCAGAAAGGUGAUUAUGUGGGCCGCAUAAACAUAUCAUCGCCCACGAUAAAGAUGCUUCGCCUCAUUCCUAUCUUUUGUGGUCGUUCCUAUGGAUAUAGGGUGAUAAUAAAUUCCCCGUCCCUUAGGUAUCUCCAAUUGGAUGCCUAUGACUUGGGGUGUAUAAAAAUUCCGAUAACCAUGAUCUCCUUAGUUGAGGCGGAUAUCAACUUAGAAAAUUGGUUCUCAAAUUACAUAACGAAUUACAAUUCCACGGUGGUGAAGUUUCUUCGUUCUUUGUCUUAUGUCAAGUGCCUAAAGAUAUCAGGUUGGCAAUUUGUGGAGUUUAUUCGUAAAGGACUUAGUUGUUCAAAUGUGAAGUUUGAUAAUUUAACCAAACUUGAACUCCGAUUGAACUUCAAAUGGAGUUUGCUUGUGAAGUUCCUUAAAGUUGCUGAUAAUCUUCAAGUACUUAUUGUGCCCUUUGUCAGAAGUUACAUGGAGGAAACCAGACAACAACCAAGUGGAAAGUGCCCAAAGCUUUCAGAUAGAGAGAAAAACAUGGCCUCGGUCGAUAGGCUCAGUAGCUUGCCGGACGUCGGUUAUAUGCCAUAUUCUCUCCUUCCUCCCGACAAAGCACUCACUUGCGACCAGCAUUCUCAGAAAAAGAUGGAGAUUUCUAUGGGCCAAUGUACCCUGUUUGGACUUCAGAGGAUUUGA